CACCUGCUGUAUUUAAACGAAAAAUGGAUCAGUGUUUCCAAGAUACGGAAGACUUUAUCUCUGUAUAUAUUGAUGACAUCUUAGUAUUUUUCAACACAGUAAAGGAGUAUAUUAAACAUUUGGAAAUUAUGUUAAGUAUUUGUGAAGAACAUGGGUUAGUCUAUCUCCUUCAAAAUGCAAAAUUGGAGUUCCGAAAAUAGAAUUUCUUGGAGCAGAAAUUGGGGAGGGAAAGCUAAAGCUACACCUCCAUAUCAUCAAAAAAAUAUCUAAAUUCAAGGAUAUGCAGCUAAAGAAAAAGAAGGGGCUACGGUCAUGGUUGGGAAUACUCAACUAUGCACGAACCUAUAUUCCUAAUUUAAGUUCAAAGUUGGGACCUCUGUAUGAAAAAACAUCACCUCAUGGAGAUAAACGGAUGAAAAGCUCGGAUUGGGCUUUAGUCAAAGAAAUCAAAGCCCAAGUUAAUAAUUUAUCAGAUUUAGAAAUCCCACCAGAAAAUGCUUAUAUUGUUCUGGAACUGAUGGAUCCAUGACAGGCUGGGGUGGAGUUUGUAAAUGAAAGCCUAACAAGUAUGAUCCCAGAAAUAUGGAGAAAGUAUGUGCUUAUGCUAAUGGGAAAUUUCCAGUAGUAAAAUCAGUUAUUGACGCGGAAAUAUAUGCUGCAAUGGAAACUAUGACUGCGCUAAAGAUCCACUACAUGGACAAGUUAGAAAUCACUUUGCGGACAGAUUGUCAGGCCAUUAUCAGUUUCCAUAAUAAAACCUCAAGAAAUAAACCAUCAAGGAUACGCUCUCAAGACUAGUAGAAGAACCAGAAACAUUGGCGGUCAUAACCGAAGAAGGGGAAGUGGCAUUUGGACCACCAACUCUUACUGAUGCUAAGGAGGAAGCAGCCUGUUCAUCACGAUUCCCUUUAUUAACUGAAUAUGAAGAUUUAAUCAGUGAUACGUUCUCAAAAAUUUUUCUAAAGGAAGAGCAUGAGAAAAAAAAUCGAAUGGCUAAGAUUGAAGAUGAGCCAAUUGACAACGUGCUGGAAUGCCUUCGUGAGCUGGAGCUUAUCCUGCAGAUGAAGGAAUUUGACUUUAACAGAAGACGACAUGCAGAAGGGGGAUGAGAUAGUUAUUAUCACAAAAAUCUUGAAAAGAUAAGGAAGCAUCAAAAGGACCUAUUCAUAGAGAUGCAAUAUGUACAUCAGAUAGGGCACGAAGUAAAAAUAAUCCCACCAUAACAUGGAAACAUUGGUGGGGCAGAAUAUGCUACUUUAAUAAGUGCAUUACUUUAUGAAAGGAUUGAGCCUCGGGGAGCCAUCCUUUCCCAAAGUGAUGAGAUGUAAAGAGUGUAGAGUGUGUUGUAAAGCUUUAAUGGCAGACAUAGGGUGAAUAAUGGAGGGACGAUGGGGCCAAACAGAGUACCCGCCUUCAUCAUUUCACAACCUACUCUCGCCUAUUUAAAAGCUAGUAGUGAAAGGGGUAUGAGCAUCCUUGACAAAAACCAAGAAGCUCAUUCCUUCUUAGUGCUAAGUUUUCCUUGUGUGCUAAGCUUUCCACUAAGCUUUCCUUGUGUGCUAAUCUUUCGAGGGAAAUAAAAUCCGGAUAUAAUCUAGAUUUCUUUUUCAAAUUUCGAAAGACGAUCCUUAUCUAGUAUCAGAGCAAGAUUGAUGGAAGGCUAAAUUUAUAAUUCAAGGCAAAAGGUAAGGGAAAGCCAUUUACUCUGUUAUACUUUAUUAGUACAAUUAUAAGAAGUGAUUACGUUAAGAAAGAAUCCAGGGAGAAAAGAUGGAGACUCGACAUGCAUCCUUGCUACUAAGAUAGUAAGACUAGUAAGUGCUUAAGACGGUAAGUCUUGAAACCCAAAGGAGGGUAUUCUUAGAAUAACUUCUUAUAAGGACCCCUUGCUAUUUGCAAUAAGACGAUCGAGUUGAUUAACUGAUUGUAAAAGAACGCCGUGCACAUAAGCCUCCAUGAUGAGCCGUUGCCAGUCGUGUGAACAUGAAAGUUUUAUUAACUCCUAAGCUGUAAGCAAUAGAUUAUUGGAGCCUUGAUCAGUGAAAAGUUUGAGCAAAGUAUAAAAGAAUGGUAUGGUAAAUCCCGAACCUCAAGCCUUGAAUACCUUGACUUAGCAGGAAAUUCCAAAAUAGAAAUUGUUGAUAUAGCAAACAAUAUUGGGGUUGUAUAUGACAGACUCUCUCUCCUAUCUAAGGUUUCCUUAAAGCAUUUUUACUCCCUAAAAGAAGAAAACCAGGAGUUGAAUCAAAAAAUUAUCCAACUCCAAAGGAGUAUCAAUUACUUAGAAAAGGAGAUAGUAUCUCAUAAGCCCUUAAAAAAAAAAUCUGAAAUUCAAGAAUUAGUUAGAGAAGUUAGUCAACAGCCAAAAGUAGUUGAGGAAGAGGCAUUAAAGUUGAUCGAAUAACUUAAGAAAAGUGUUUGAAAAGUUGAGCACCUAAUAGCUGGGGUCAAGCAGCUAAUAAGUGGAUGAAUAUCGAGGAUCUUACAAAUAACAUUGAUUACAAGAAGGCUUUAAAAAUUUUGUAACAUUGAUUACAAGAAGGCUUUAAAAGUUACUGAAGUUAUUGACACACCAACAAUGGGUCUUGCGUCCCCUACAGACCCAAAAACAAUCUUUGACUUCCAAAAAGUAUUAAUUAAGCAAAACAAUACUUUGAUAUCCUUGAUAGUAAACUUAACACUUCAAGUACAGGAGCUGCAAGAAAUAACCAGACGAAUUUCUACUACUCAAAGAACACCAUCCAGAGACCUUAAAGAAUCAAUCACAGAUCUGACAAAAAGGAUUGGAAGCCUAAAUUUGGGGAUUGACCCGAUUAUCCCAAAGAAGAAGGGUUCAAUACUUGUUUUCAAAAAUCCAGCAGAGAUCCUGAAGAAUGAAGAAAGAAAAUGAAUAUAAAUAGACCACCGACAGUUAUCUCUACAACAGUGAUACCAAAUACUGAAGAUCAAAUAAGAGAUUAUCGACAAAAUCAACGAAGAUUAUAUAACCUUCAACAACGAUUAAUGCCAAACCAAAGAAGGUUCAGAAGAGCGAUUGAGACUCAGGUAAAUCCUGAAACACAAUUAGAAAUCUCCAGGACGCAUAGAGUCGGAAUGGUGCCAGCAGAAGUUUUAUACUCUACAGGAUAUAGACCAACGCAACACAAGGUAUAUCAACAUUAUUCAGAGGAAGAUGUCCUGUGUAUUGAAAAUAACCAGAUAGAUGUACCUCUGGUUACAGAACAAAGCCACUAGACCUUGAGGGAGUCAGGAUUUCAACAUAUUCAUAUUGGCAUUCUUAUGAUAAGAAUUUAUACUCUGCAUAGGCGAGAUACUGGAGUCAUGACUCUAGUAGUCCUAAGGGAUACAAGAUGGCGAGAUGAUCGUUCAAUCAUUGCUACUAUGGAAAUGGAUCUCACUAGGGGUACCCAAAUGGUAUACGUAAUUCCAGACAUCAUGAUGAAUAUUGAAGACUUUGCUAAUCAUUUAGAAUUAUCAUUACAAACGCAAGGGUACAUUGACUGGCAAGGAGGAGCAAGUAAUCUCCUUAUUACAAGAAUGAUGAUUGGUAGGCUAACCAUUACAAGUUUCACUAAUUUUGCUUAUAAUGUUAAAAAUGUGACAGAUUAUCUGGCAAGUCGAGGGGUACAUGCUCUACCGGGGACUCGAUUUACAACAGAACAAUUACAACAACAAAGAUGGAUAUUAAGGCCAUCAGUGAGAAGAAACCCAUUGACACCAACUCAGGUUAGCACAAGAACCCUAAUGGAUGGUAGUAUUACUCUACAAUUUGUAGGAUAUACACCAGUACCUGAACGCUUGAAUAAUCAAGUAAAUCAAGAUGAUGAAGAAAUAUGUUCACCUGAUAGGGAAAUCUUGGCAUAUCUUUCUGAGGAAGAACCUUCUUUAUUAAAAGUUAAAAAAUUACAUCCGGAAGCAGUCAUUCCUCAUGGAAAGACCAUGGGAGCAACAGGAUAUGACCUUGUUAUCAUACAAUCAUAUGAAUUAAAUUCAGGAGAAAGAAUGCUACUCUCUACGGGCAUCGCAGUAGUUAUACCAGAAGGUUAUUGUGGGCGAAUAGUUGCAAGAUCAGGUGUUACAUGGAAAGGAAUUCAGAUUGACGCUGGAGUUAUUUUCCAAGAUUAUGGAGGUGAAAUCAAAAUUCUGAUAUUCAAUUUAAAUUUUGAUACUAUUCUUCUUGUCAAAGGUGAAGCCAUUGCACAACUAAUCAUUGAAAAGAUCUGUAUACCACAAGUCAUUCAAGUUGAAAAUCUUGACGAAACCCCUAGGGGAACGAUGGGAUUUGGAUCCACAACUCAAAAGGAAUUCAUGAUUCCCAGUAAAUAAGAACAACAACAUAUGAACAAAGGCAAACAGGCACAGGAAACAUAUAUUUUUGAUAUCCUAUUGCCACGCGAACGGGAGGACUUUUGGCCAUUAACACUACAUAAAGAUCAUCCACAUACAUCUUGCACAAGGCAAUAUUUUGAUUCCUCAUUCAGAAACUUAAUUGAAGGGGUAUCUUCUAUUGAAGAAUAUUAUGAGGAGCAGCAGUACAAUUUACAUCUACCGGCCGCUCCUGCACCCACUCCUAUUAUUAUUGAAGAUGAUCAGGACGAUUUAUAUGUUCUCUAUGAUACUGAUGAAUGGAUUAAUCCAUUCGCGGAAGGUGGUGGAAGCUAUUCUACCUCUACAUCUACCUCAUCUACAACAACAGUAGACUUUUAGUCGGCUGAAGAUCCUGAGGAUUGUUAUUUUACCAGCGAAUACAUGGCUACAUUACAAACUGAGCUAGAUUAUCCAUUACAAAGAUCCAGCAAUGAAAGCUUGCUAGCCUCUACAUAAGCAGUUUCAACAUACAUUCCACCUACAGACGCUAUUAUGGGACCUCCACAAUUUGCCCCUGCUACAAUAAAAAUAGAACCACCAAAUGUCUAUAAUGAUCCUGAUUAUUACAAGGCAAAGGUGGGAAGAUAACGAAAGGCAAAUAACAAUGAAAAUUGGACAUUGCUAUCGGCGCAACAGCAAAUAGGUGCAAUGUUAAUUCUUCCUGAUAAUAUUGGGUUAUAUCAUGAUAUAAUUUCCAGAUGGGAAUCAAUAACCACUAAUGUGGUGGAUUCGAAAAUAUGGGCUGACAACAAAACCAAGGUUCAGUAUAUUGAAAAUUUACUUGGAGAAAUAGAAAAGAAGACUUUUAUUCAAUGGAGAAUGAUGUUCCCAGAUCAGUAUGAUAAGUUAAUAGAAGCAGCUGAUGAAACACAAAAUGUUCUAACCCAGAUUUGAAGGAUUAUAACUCUUGAAGACCCAGCUUCAGGAUCAACUACGGAACAAAAUCAAUCUUAUUUGGAUCUUGAGAGACUGGUAUGCCUUGAUACUAAAAAUUUAGUUUCUUAUAUGAACGAGUACAAAACAUUAGCAGCAAAAACAGGGCGCAUGUUCAUCAAUGAGGAACUCUCCAAUAAAUUCUAUAGAAAAAUGCCGCAAUUAAUUGGAAGCUACCUGGAGAAAUUCUAAGAAAAGCACCCAGGAAACACUAUAGGAGUACUCCCGCGAAUACAUCAUGCAUACCAAGAAUUAAUAGAGAUGUGUAAACAUGCCUCUUUACAACGAAGUCUAAAAGAUUUACAAUUCUGCUCAUAAAUACCAAUACCUUCAUACUAUCAUCAGUCAUCCCGACGUUAUGGCCUAAGAAAAGCAAGGACAUACAAAGGGAAACCUCAUAAGUCUCAUGUGUGGGUUAUUAAGAAGAAAUAUCAGAAUGACCGAGCAAAGGUACGAAAAUGGAAAUGUUUUAUUUGCGGAGGUCACUUUGCAUGGGACUGCAAAAAUAGAUCUGAAAAUAAAGAAAGAAUAGCUACUCUCAACGAAUUAGAUCUUCCAGAUGAUUAUGAUGUGGUGUCAGUAGAUCUUGAGGAAACGGACAGUGACGCAAUUUGCAGUAUUUCUGAAGGAGAAAUUAACACAGAACAAUAUUGCAGCAUGGUAACUAGUUCUCUACAUGAAACAUUAUUUAUGCUAAUAGGGGAAAUCCAUGGAUGACAGGUUCAGGUAGACGUACCAGAGGAACAAUACUACUGCGAACAUGAAUGACAACUAAUUCAGGAAAUUGGUUCCCAAUUCCUCAAAUGCACAUUCUGCAAGAUGAAUACCACGCAAAGAGCAAGAGGCCACUGCAUAAAUUGUAAGUUAACAACAUGUACUCUAUGCGCAGGAUAUUAUUUAAAAACAUCCUUAAGGCCAUCGCCAUCACCAACGGUACAGUAUGAUGAUAGAAAUCUGAUUUCUGAACUUGUCAAUUAUACCUAGUAUUUGUUAGCAGAAAACAGGAGGUUGCAGGAUGAACUAACUGGAGUAUUGAGAAGGAAUCAAGACUCAGAAAACCAAUCGACAAAAGAAUUAUUGGAAGAUCUGCAACAAUUAUCAAUCGAAGAUCUUCAUAAGGGAAUAAAAGCGAGUUGGAGCAUUUGCCGUAGCAUUGGAGACAGUUAACAAGUCUCUCUCAGAUGUAAUCUGCCCCAUUUCACGAGGAAAGUUAGAUGUUGAUAGUCAAGCUGCCAGUCUGAUUUAUUCGGACAAUGAUAUUGAUUUGGUAAUGACGAGGGACCCCACCGAAGGAGAGUGAAAAUCGCCAAGACCGGGUGAUAUGGAGGGUACGCUAGAGCAAAUCACCCGAGUGGGCUACAUGUGGUCGAGCAGACUAUAUACGCCUGAGCAGACUACAUGCGGCCAAGCAGACUAUAUACACCUAAGCAGGCUACACGGGGCCGAGCAGGCUAUAUACGCGCAAGCAGGCUACAUAGACUUGAGCAGGCUACAAUACGGUCGAGCAGAUUACCCGAGGGGCUUUGCGCGGGUCAAGCAAGUAUCUUGUUACAUCAUUCUUGGAGUGAGUGUCGUUGGCUUACAGGAUUGCUCCAGCUGGAGGAGAGUACCUUAGAAGCUUCCAACCAUCUUGUCAGAAGGUGGUUGGUUUGCCCAAGGAAUAGUGUCAGGGACACUUUCUAGAAUUGUCCUUUCAUAGAACAUCUGGGAAAACACGCAUAUACUUUGAGAUGCAUGCAUAGACAUUACAAUGACUCUAUAAAAGGGGUGUUCCCUUCCACAGCAAUGGUAUGCACAGCUUCAUUUCUUUACACGCUCUAUCUACUUUUUUUCCACUAUUUUGUUUCGUCAGAAAAUUGACUUGAGCGUCUGAGGAUCAAUGCCGGGAACAACUUCUCGGCUCGACACUGACGUUCCUUGUGCUUGUAGGACCAGCGAGGAGUCUUCACCGAGAACCAAUGGGCCACGUCCCCUGCCCACCAUCUCAGAUUUUGGACAGAAUCAUAUUGGUGUCGUAUGUGAGAACGUAGCCUGUAUCCAAAACGUGAAAAUGGAGGACAUUAGACGACUCACAGCUGUAAACACUAACACGAGGAUCUGCGGGCGUUCAUACAUGUUCGAGCGAUGAGAAUGUUUCAGCAGUAGCAGGAAGCGGUGGGCGAUGACCAAGUGUCCAAGGUCCCAGCUGCAUUGGAUCCAGGUUAGCCACCUGACCAUGGGUCCCGAGCAGACAACCUGCCUGAUCGACGACAUGUAGCCAGACAAUAGGUGCUGAUCAGCAGGCGCCUAACGCACCGAUCCCAUAACAUCGAGUGCUGUUUCACUCCCAUGGAAGGACAAGGCUGAGCGGAAAGAACGCAACGAUUAUCUAGUGAAGACAUGGCCGCUCGGGAUAACUGAAAGGACAAGGCCCUCCGGCUCGAAGAAUCUCCUGAGCGAGUCAAUCGACAAUUCUGUCAUGCAAUUCACAAUGACGAGUUGCCAUUGAACUUCAGACCGUCGACAAUCGGGAAGUAGAAUGGGUCAGCUGACCCGGAGGACCAUUUGCUUGAGUUCGACAUUGUAUCCACUCCACCAAUACUCGGACGGAGUCAAGUGUCUAGUCUUCCUUACCACUCUUUCGGGGUCGGCGCAGAGGUGAUUCCAACGAUUGCCGAUCGGUUCUAUUCACAGCUUCAGAGACUUCCGAGCAGCAUUCAUGCAACACUUUUCUAGCAGUCAUCAUUACCAAAAGAUGGAAGUAAACCUUUUCAAAGUCAAGGGCCAAAGAAGCCACUCAAGGCCUAUAUUAAGGGGUUCAAUCAGGUGGUUAUGGAGGUCCUGACGACUACCCAGGAAGUGUUGUGUAGCGCAUUCUCUUAGGCACUCACGGAGGGCAAAUUUUUCCGCUCGCUCGUCAUGGAGUCCCCAAAGGACUUUGAUGAGUUGCUCGGACGAGCAAUGAAGUUUAUCAAUGUCGAGGAGGCAGGCGAUUCGGAAGAGAGAUGCGACUGUCAAGCCAGUUAUUACUCAGGAGCGUGGAGCGACACACAAUAAUCCGCCCUCGAAGGGACCCCGAUCGGGUACGACGAAUCAGCAUAUGGAGCACCAAGUGCAUGCCGUGCAACAUGUAGAGGCAGAGCGGAAGAAGGUCAAAGAACCUCGACAAUGGACUCCUAUGUUUUGCUCGUUGCAUAAAACGGUGACUCACAAUAUGAGGGGCUGCUACUGCUUCAAUCUCCCACCGCACUGCCCCUCCCAGCAAGGCGUUCAACGCCGAUCUCCAAGACCCGAGCGUCGACACUAUUGCCGAGCGGAUGCGCAGCACGGGCGGGAUAGCGCACAUGUCGAGGCAGCUCGUAGGCGAUCAUAGUCGAGGCAUGGUGAUAGAUCUACCCGUGCAUCUUCGGAAAGGUCGCGUAUAUCCACGCAAGAGGAAGAACAUAAAAGGAAUGCCGCUCGGGGCGACAUUAGAUGAGUGUGAGGGGCUCGAUGGAUGGCGAUUCUAACGGGGCGCGGAAGUCGCAAGCCCGAAAGUUAGGCUCAUACCGUUCAGGCAUAAAAGCACAGGUGCCACCUACCAGAUGUUGAUGAACAAAGUGUGCUGGCAGCACACCGGUAGAAAUGUGGAGAGAAAACAUACCGAACAUUGGAGAAAUUUGGAGUUAGACUGAAUUCGGCCAAGUGCUUGUUUGUUGCCAGAAACGGGCGCUUCCUUGAUUAUAUUGUAAUUGAGAGGGGAAUUGAGGCUAACUAAGCUGGAAAGCUUAGCUCAGACUCUCAUUGUCUACAAAAUGAAAGCGGGAGGAAUUUGGAACGGCCAUGGAGCAUGAACCACCUACAGCCUUGCUGGGUCGGAUAGUAAGUGCAAAAUUGAAUUCAUGUAAUUUUUAGAAAUAUAUGUUGCAUGAAUAUAGGGGAAUUUGAAAGAAAUCUCUACAAUACUCAAAGCUCACGUGCCGAGCGGUCGUGUUAUAAGUGUGCAUGCCCCACGCCAAGU